AUGUCAGACUACGGCGGCGAUGACGCCGAUGAUGUCUACGACGAGUACGAACCCCAGGAGCCCACUUUCGAUGACGACGAAGCUCUUCUCUCUCCUCACGAAGAUGACGACCCGUCCACUGCCGCGCAGACACCCGCACCUGCACAUGCUGAUCCAGACGCAAAAUAUCCUACCGUCAAUGGCGCGACAAUGCCCGGAAGGGGGGUCGUGGAAAUCAAUGGUGGGGAAGGUGGUCUAAGUGGAGAAGGAGCAGGGAGAAAGACCCAGGGAGGGAAAGGAUCUAAGAAAAUCGCAGAUGAUGCGAGGAGUACUACGCCUUACAUGACCAAGUAUGAGCGCGCAAGGGUUUUGGGGACGCGGGCGUUGCAAAUUAGUAUGAACGCACCAGUCCUGGUGGAUUUGGAGGGCGAGACCGAUCCACUCCAGAUCGCGAUCAAAGAGCUUCGAGAAAAGAAAAUUCCGCUGGUAGUCAGGAGGUAUCUGCCAGAUGGCUAG